CACACAGGAGGACAUUGACGUAGAGACCCUUAAGAAACCUGGUUUUAAACAGCUUUACAAGUGACUGUGACAUACAAAUGGACAUCAAACCACUUUUUUGGAAGCUAGGCGUUGGUGUACGAAUCUUCUUAACAUUUCUUUUUGCCCUCCUAGUAUUUGGAUUGGUACUAUGGGCUUACAUUGCCCAUGUAAAUAUUUUAGCAUCCCAGUAUGGCAUUAUGGCCUUUGGCUUCUAUGGCCUUCUGCUAUGUCUUCAUCUGCUGGUACAGAGUGUUUUUGCCUUUGUGGAGCAUCGGCGGAUGCGUACCAGACGAGAAGCUUGUUCCUACACCAAGACUGUCGGUUUUACCAUCUCUGCUUACCAGGAAGACCCAGUGUACCUGCGGGACUGUUUACAAUCAGUUAAGGCACUCCAUUAUCCACCAGAGUUGCUUCGGAUUGUUAUGGUGGUGGAUGGUAAUACAGAAGAAGACCGCUACAUGAUGGAGAUGUUCCAGGAGAUUUUUGCUGAUCAGGAUCCCGGCUGCUAUGUGUGGCAGAACAAUUACCACACACAGCCAUCAGGGGAGAAUGCACAGGAAGAUACCCAGCGCAGGGAGGUAGAAGAGAUUAUCAGAAGCAAGCGGUGUGUUUGCAUUAUGCAAAAAUGGGGAGGGAAGAGAGAAGUGAUGUACACAGCAUUCAAGGCCCUGGGUUCUUCAGUGGACUACAUACAAGUGUGUGAUUCAGACACAAAGCUGGAUCCGUUGGCAACACUAGAACUGGUUAAGGUGCUUGAGAGUAACACAAAAUAUGGUGCUGUCGGUGGCGAUGUGAUGAUCCUUAACCUGAAAGACUCUUACAUCAGCUUCAUGAGCAGUCUGCGAUACUGGAUGGCUUUUAAUGUUGAGAGAGCAUGCCAGUCAUUUUUUGACUGUGUCUCUUGUAUUAGUGGUCCCCUAGGUCUGUAUAGAAAUGACCUUUUGCAACAGUUUUUGGAAGAUUGGUACAACCAAAAAUUUCUUGGUAAACACUGCACUUUUGGAGACGAUCGACAUCUUACAAAUCGCAUGCUGAGUAUAGGCUAUGCAACCAAGUACACAGCUCGCUCAAAGUGCUAUACAGAGACACCUUCCCAGUUCCUGCGUUGGUUGAAUCAACAGAUGCGGUGGACAAAGUCAUAUUUUCGUGAGUGGCUCUACAAUGCCAUGUGGUGGCACAAGCAUAGCCUUUGGAUGACAUACGAGUCCAUUGUGGCUGGAAUCUUCCCCUUCUUUGUCACAGCCACCAUGAUCCGACUUUUCUGGACGGGUACACUGUGGAACAUCCUGUGGGUCCUUUGCUGCAUUCAACUUAUUGGGCUGAUUAAGGCAGCUUAUGCCUGCAUCUUGCGACAAAACCUAGUGAUGAUCUUCAUGUCUCUCUAUUCUGCACUCUACAUGACAAGCCUUCUGCCCACAAAGUAUUUUGCCAUGAUUACCAUGAAUAAGAGCAGUUGGGGUACUUCAGGACGUCGUAAGCUAGUAGGUAAUUACAUCCCUAUCCUUCCCCUGUCAAUAUGGGCAGCCAUCCUGCUGAGUGGUCUAGGCUACACAAUAUACAGGGAAAGCAAGGAGGACUGGAGCUCAGCUGAGAAAAAAGAAGAGAUCAAAUUUUUGAUCUAUGGUGCUGUGGCAUAUGUCAGUUACUGGUUAAUAAUGGUCAUAAUGUACUGGCUGUGGGUGCGUAGACUGUGCCGAAAACGAUCACAGAGUUACAGUGUGAAUGUGUAGUACCAUUUUCAUGUGUUUAUUUAUUUAUUAACUUAUUUAUUUAUUUAUUUUGUGAAGAAGAAAAAUAUUUGUCUGUUUGUGUGUUUGCUUGUGUGCACAAUGUUUAUUUGUUUUUGUUGUCUUGUUAUGCUUGAUAUGGAUUGUUUAUAACUUAAUAUAUUUUGUAAAGCAUCUUGUAAUACGAAUAAUUUCCACUGUAUUAUUCAAUUUAUUCUGUAUUACACACACUGCUUUAUACAAAUUUACUCUGUAUUAUACAAAGUUUAUGGAAAUUCAAAUUACAAAUGUUGACUGAAGCAUUUAUGCUCGUGCAUUGUUGUGCCCAUUAGGUUAAGUACAUUAGAUUAAGUACUUUAAGUUAAUUUAUUUCUUUAUUUCUGUAAUUUUUAUUACUUUUAGUCAGCCACACUUUCAUGACUUAAAUUCAGUAUUAAUGAGAAAUUCACUCACAGAAUGAAAUUGCUGGAAAAUGCUUUAGUGGCAAAAGUAUGUCAUAUGCUGCACACUGUACUGUACUGUACUGUACUGUACUGUACACUUUGUUUUGUUUAUGGACUUGGAUGUCUAUUUGAAACAGUGAUUAUCAUAGGAAUUAUAUUGUUGAAAUGUGAAGUAUUGUUUGAACAUAAUUAAAUUAAUAAUAUUAUAAUCAA